AUGGAAGAAGGGCUUCAGGACGGAGAAGGAGGAGGAGAGUGCUCAGGGCCAGGGCAGGCCCCGCUGAGGAUCGUGCUGGUGGGCAAGACGGGCUGCGGGAAAAGCGCCACCGGGAACAGCAUCCUCCACUGGCAGGUGUUCGAGUCCCGGCUGGGGGCCCAGGCCGUGACCAGGAGGUGCCAGAGGGAGGCGGGCACCUGGAACGGGAGGAGCCUCCUGGUGGUCGACACGCCCCCCAUCUUUGAGGCAGAGGCUCAGACAAGGGAGAUAGCCCAGGACGUCGGGGACUGCUACCUGCUGUCCAUCCCCGGGCCCCACGCGCAGCUGCUGGUGACCCAGCUGGGCCGCUUCACGGAGCAGGACACGCAGGCCGCGAGGAAGGUGAAGGAGGUCUUCGGGGCAGAAGCCAUGAGACACGCGAUUGUCCUGUUCACCCACAAGGAGGACCUUGGCGACGGGUCCCUGCACGAUUACGUGGCCGAUACAGACAACCAGAGCCUGCGGGCGCUGGUCCGGGAGUGCGGGAGGCGCUACUGUGGCUUCAACAUGGGCACGGGGGAGGAGCAGAGGGUGCAGCUGGGGGAGCUGAUGGUCCUGGUGGCGCAGCUGGAGAGGGAGCUGCAGGGCGCCUCCUUCCUCAAGGGCUCUGAGCCCUCCAAGGACCAGACACUCUGCAAAAAAGGGGGCCCCUCAGCCCCUCGGCCCGCGCCCUUCCUGCAGCCAGGCUCCAGGGCUGUGGCCAGGUCCCUGGGGUUCACCCUCAGACUUUUUAACAACAACCAGAGACGCCAGCUUUUCCUCUAG